AUGGACUCGUCCGAGCAAGAAAGCCGGGUGUCGACGCCGCGGUCCUUUACGGGCCAGAGUGUAUCCGCCGAGGACAUGCUUAAGUCGCAAACAGUCGGUCUGGUGCAUCUGUCGGAUUUUCGCAAACGACGCGCCGAGGUUCUGGAACAAAAGGAAAAGGAGGCUCAUGACAAAUCACUGGGGCGACUUGCAUCUGGUAACUCACGAAGUGCAACUCCCUCUGCAAGUGACGCGACUGACGGACCCUCGGCACCGAGAAGUGACGUGCCCCCCAAGAAAAAGAAGAAGAAAGCGUUAGCCAAAAGCAAAUUGUCUUUCGGUGACGAGAACGAUGAAGCCGGCGAGACCUCCCCUCCCACGACUCGUGACCCGAGUUUAUCGCGAUCUGUCUCGCGAACUCCGGCGGAGGAAGCGCUCCCACCUGCGUCCGCUGCGAAUGCGCCCCGGAUGAAAGCAAAUCCAAAUGCGCCACCUCCACCCAAGGCCCUCACAAAAGCCGCCUUGGAAGCAGAGGCCAAGGCUCGAGACGCUCUGCGCAAGGAAUUCCUGGCAAUGCAAGAGGCCGUCAAGAAUACAGAAAUCGCGGUCCCUUUUGUGUUUUUCGAUGGAACAAGUACCCGCGGUGGGUCAGUAAAAAUGAAGAAAGGAGAUCAUAUCUGGCUGUUUUUGGAUCGAUGUCGGAAAGUCGGUGCAGAGAUGGGAGUCGGCGGUAAUAGUGGCGCGUCCAAGGCGCGCAAAGAGUGGGCUCGGAUCAGCGUCGACGAUUUGAUGCUUGUGAAAGGUGAUGUGAUCGUGCCACAUCAUUAUGACUUUUAUUACUUUAUCGCCAACCGGGUUCCCAGCUAUACUCGCGCUGGAGGCUUACUUUUCAACUAUUCCGACAAACCCAUACCGGCACAAAGAAAGGAUGAGGAUCCCAUGUAUCGCCCCAUCGAGCAAGAGCUCGAAGGGGUGGACAACGACGCCAAUGACACCAAGGUUGUAGAUCGACGGUGGUACGAAAGAAACAAGCACAUUUUCCCGGCCAGCCUCUGGAACGAAUUCGAGCCUGGAAAGGAAUUUGAAGAGAAGAUGACAUCGACGCGGCGGGAUGCGCUGGGGAACACAUUUUUCUUCUAG